AAAUUAGGAAAAAUGAAAUAACAAAUCUCUAUCCAUGUUUCUCUGUAUCUGUACUUGAAAUCUAGAACUGCAGAGAAUCCUUUCAUUUUUGUUUCCCUCCACAGAUCUCUAAAGUUCAUUCUCAUCAAACCCUAAUUUCGGGUUGAUUCUAACUCCCUCGUUAUUUAUUCAUCACCCAACCCGUUUUUCCGAUUUUCUGCUAUCAAUUCUUCUAUUUAAACUUCAAAAUCUGGUCUGAUCGAUGAUUCUGGAACCUUCAUGAGUCUCCCUCUUCGUCAUGGGCCACCACCAUCCUUACCAUGCCUGAGCUGCGUACCCGAACUCGCAGAAACCAGCUCGUAGACAACGCAAACGCUAUCCCGAUCAUUCAGCCAGCCUCGCCGGCGACCGCCAGAGCUCGACGGAGGAAGACAUCCGCCGCGGCUUCCCGAACGCGGAGGAAUCGGAGACAGAACGAUGCGAUCGCCGCCGCCGAUGAAAUCGUGAACGAUUACGCUGGUGCUGCUUGAGGAGCCAGAAAUAGAAAUAGAAAUUUAAAAUACAAGCUAGGAGAGAAAGAGAAUAACUAUAAUAAAAUUUCGGUUGGUUUUUGAAGAGGAAGACAUGGAUGAAGACGAUAGCCGUGGCCGUAGCGCAGAUAAGGUUCCGGGAGCUGAAGAUGAAGGCAGCACUGCCCCUCUUCCGGAGAAGGUUCAAGUUGGUGGUUCUCCUUUGUAUAGAACUGAGAGAAAACUUGGGAAGGGAGGAUUUGGGCAAGUGUAUGUUGGUCGGCGGAUAGGAAUUACGAAUUCUAGCGAACGGACUGGUGCCGGUGCUGUUGAGGUAGCUUUAAAAUUUGAGCAUAGAAGCAGCAAGGGGUGCAACUAUGGACCACCAUAUGAGUGGCAGGUUUACAAUGCAUUAGGCGGUAGUCAUGGUGUUCCACGAGUACAUUUCAAGGGACGGCAAGGUGACUACUAUAUUAUGGUAAUGGAUAUGCUUGGUCCCAGUCUGUGGGAUGUUUGGAAUAACAACUCUCACACCAUGUCUACUGAAAUGGUAGCAUGUAUUGCAAUUGAGGCUAUCUCCAUAUUAGAGAAGAUGCAUUCUAGAGGAUAUGUGCAUGGUGAUGUAAAGCCUGAGAAUUUUUUGCUUGGACCCCCAGGAACUCCAGAUGAAAAGAAAUUGUUUCUGGUUGAUCUUGGGUUAGCAACUCGGUGGCGUGAUAAUUCAACUGGCCUUCAUGUUGAAUAUGAUCAGCGUCCAGAUGUUUUUAGGGGCACAGUUCGUUAUGCUAGUGUGCAUGCUCAUCUUGGUAGAACAGGUAGCAGGAGAGAUGACUUGGAAUCUCUUGCUUACACUCUUGUCUUCCUUCUUCGGGGUCGGCUUCCCUGGCAAGGAUAUCAGGGGGAAAAUAAAGGGUUUCUUGUCUGCAAAAAAAAGAUGGCCACCUCUCCAGAAACAUUGUGUUGCUUUUGUCCUCAACCUUUCCGGCAGUUUGUUGAAUAUGUAGUGAAUUUGAAGUUUGAUGAAGAACCAAAUUAUGCAAAAUAUAUAUCCCUCUUUGAUGGAAUCGUGGGCCCAAAUCCAGAUAUCAGGCCAAUAAACACCGAGGGUGCUCAGAAGCUUAUAUGUCAGGUUGGCCAUAAGAGGGGGCGUUUGACCAUGGAAGAUGAUGAUGAUGAACAGCCUAAAAAAAAGGUUCGAAUGGGAAUGCCUGCUACACAGUGGAUUAGUGUUUACAAUGCUCGUCGACCAAUGAAGCAAAGGUAUCAUUAUAAUGUAGCUGAUGUGCGGUUAGCCCAACACAUUGAUAAAGGGAAUGAAGAUGGUUUAUUUAUCAGCAGUGUGGCUUCUUGUACUAAUCUUUGGGCACUCAUUAUGGAUGCUGGCACUGGUUUCACUGCACAAGUUUAUGAACUCUCUUCCUGCUUUCUUCAUAAGGAAUGGAUUAUGGAACAAUGGGAAAAUAAUUAUUAUAUUAGUGCCAUAGCCGGAGCUCAUAAUGGAUGCUCAUUGGUUGUAAUGUCUAAAGGUACCCAGUACGUACAACAAUCCUAUAAAGUCAGUGAUUCGUUUCCGUUUAAAUGGAUCAACAAAAAAUGGAGAGAAGGAUUUUAUGUAACUGCUAUGGCCACUGCUGGCACUAGAUGGGCAAUUGUUAUGUCACGUGGGGCUGGUUAUUCUGAUCAGGUUGUGGAACUUGAUUUCUUGUAUCCCAGUGAAGGUAUUCAUCGAAGGUGGGAUAAUGGUUAUCGCAUCACCUCAACUGCUGCAACAUGGGACCAAGCUGCUUUUGUUCUUAGUGUCCCAAGAAGAAAACCAACUGAUGAAACUCAGGAGACACUCCGCACAUCUGCUUUUCCUAGUGCUCAUGUUAAGGAUAAAUGGGCAAAGAAUCUCUAUAUUGCAUCUAUUUGCUAUGGGAGAACAGUGUCAUAACCUGCUGAAAUUGAGAUUUCUGGCUGAAUUCUGAUCACUGGCCCAAACCUGCUUCCUCUUACUUGUAGUUGGGAACUGAAGAUGCUUUCUGACCAAUUUUCUGAACAAUGCAGUUCAGUAUUAAUGUAUGCUAAACUUACUUUAUGGUCACCAUCACAUAUCAUCAUGCAAAACCUGUGCACUGUUUUUCAGCUGUCAAAAAUACUUGAGUUGUGAGUAAAAUUAGAUUGUCAAUCGGGAAGAGUCUUUUGAUAUAAAGUUUGUACAGAUCUGAACAGUAAUUAUUAAUAUGUUGAAGGCAUGUGCACAGGUUAGGCUUUUGUUUACUGGUGGUUUUUAACAAAUAUGAACUUAGAUUUUCCAGUGGGAACUGGACAUUUAAGCUUUGCACCCUUGUACUUGGCCCUCUUUAUCCUAGUCACACUUUUGACUUAAAUUUAAUUCUGGGCUUCUUCAUGUCUGAAUUUGACAAAUAGAAAGUUGUACAUUUUGGCAAAUGAUUGUAAUUAUUUAAUCAUUGUCAUUAUUAUUAUUGCUGCUGCUUUUUUCUAUUUGUCAUAGUUUACUCCCAACUCUGGUUGAUUUGUGAAUACAUCUAAUCAAAUUUUAAUGGAUUAGUCUAACUGGAGUGAAGGAUACGGAUGCUUUAGUUCCAAUUUUUUUCAAGAAGUAUGUUUACUUUAUUUUUUCUGUUUUGCUUUUGAAAAUUGUUUUUGCACUAUCAGUUUGCUACUUUUGAGUACCUUACCAUUAUGAUUGUUUCAAUUAAGAAAGUUUUGGGUACUACAUUUUCCAUCUAUUUGAUUGUUUUGCAUGGGAGCUAUCUAAGCAUCAUCUCAGUUACUCGAUGUUUCAAAUAUUUGCCGCAUAUAUGUGUAAUGAUGACAUUAAAUUUUUACUACUGUUAUUCUAAUUACUUCUUUUGAUUUCCGAAGUCUACAUGAUGGGCUUCAGGUCAGUCGUUCUAUAUGACUGGGUGAUCAUUUUAUUGUUCUAACAACAAACAUUGCAAGGUGCACAUUUCGCUCUCUUGAGAAUGUAGCUUUCAUGGAAGCACAUCUUGGAAGAUAACUUCUCUACCGCUUCAAUAUUGAUCUGUAUAUUUACUGAGUUACUUAGACACUUGAAGCAGAUUUUGGUUGGUCCUUGCAAUGUUAUGUUGCCCAGAGCAACCUAUAUGGUCAAGGAAAUCAGAAGCUGUUCAAGGAACUGGUUUUUUUGGAACUAUUCGCCGUAUGUUAUUCUUCUUUUUGAAUAUUUGGAUUUUCUUAGGAAAUUUAGGGGGUGACUUGAACUUCAAAUUUAUGUUCUAAUAAUAACAAAAUUGCCGUAUGUUGAAUUUCACAAUACUACAAUUAUUGAAGGUCAAGAAGAGAAAUGGUAGUUUGGUUAUGGAUGACUUAAAAUAGAAAAUUUCUCUAAUUCCUUAUAUAGAUGUGAUUUUCUGGGGUUAUAUUUGGUAUAGUGGUACUCAGGUUAGAAUCUAUGAUGCUUCCCAGCCCUCAAUCACUAUGCUGGCUCUAGUGGAUUAUCUUUCACAUCCUGUUCACUAAAAAAAAUGCUAUUUUUAAUUUUAGGAGCUUUUUUCCUAAAAUUAUGUGAUCUGUCUUUUGUUUCCAAGUGAAGGAAUUAGUCUAUAAACAGUUAGGCUGACUCCUAGUAAGAGUGUCCUUUAAGUGUUGGCUUUUGGCAACUAAUAAAAUGGAGAGCCUUCCUCCCCCUAUCUGCUCUUAUUUUCCCAAAUGCAAUAUUGUAAGAAAUGUAAUAAUUAACUACAGAGCAAUAUGAAACAUGAUCAAGUUCUAGAUCUGGAGCCAUUGUUAUCUAUUGACUAUAUGAAUAUCAUGCUUGCCUUAAGUGACACUGACUUAAUAGUUAUUUGGAUGAUGCAAUGAUAUCCACUAAACUGAGUUAGCUGUCUUGCCUUGGCUUAAGAUGGUGACUAUGGAAUACAUUGAAGAGUGUCCUGUGGGAAAGGAAAUACUUGGUUUAUGUCAAUCUGUGUAUGAACUAGGCAUAAGGCAUAAUUAUUAUAUGUUUUUUAUAUGGUCAAAUAAUUUUAUGUUGAGUAUCUAUUUGAUUAGGUGUUCCCCGGCUAUUCAACAAACAACAAAGUGAAAGGCAAAAGUUCGAAUUGAUGUCUAAAUUCAUGCAACUAUUGAUUCUGGUAUUGGAAAAGCCUAAAUUCAUGCUACUUUUGAUUCUGGUGUUGGAAAAGCGGUGAAUUAUUGUGGUAUGGAGGGUGUGAAGUUGGGGAUCUAUUUCCUGCUCUAUUUUGUUGUGGCUUUUUAGAGCGAAUCUGUGUAUUUUGGAAGAUAAACUGUGUUAAGUAACUGAUAAUGAUAUGGAUAAUGUAUAAUAUAUUUUGUAAUUAGUCAUAAUUAUAAUAAUUGAUGGGUAAA